CAUCACUGUCCGCCGGGCCAGUCACACCGCAGACACAUAGGAAACGAAUGUUGCACAACAAAAGGAUGACCCCAAAAAGAAAAGCAUAAGGAAAGGAAAAAAAAAAAGAGAAGGAAACACCUGAGGACCGUCGCAGCAUCAGAGAGCGUGACUGACUUCUCAUGGAGGAGAGCGCAGAGAGACGCAUCAGAGGGGUCCGAAGCUGUCCACAUCCACAGAGCCAAGCGCACGGUGUCCAAAAAAAGCAACUGAAAUUUAAAAAAAAAAAAAGAGAGAAUCUGCUCCUCUUUUUCAAAGACCCAGGGAUUAUACAACCAGAGAUGAUUUAGGUGGGUGACCAGAAUAACUCGAAUGUUUUUUUUUCUUUCUUCUUUUUAAAGGAGAGUGGUCUCUGCUGUGUUCGCACGAAUGGGCAGCCAAACUGAACCAAAAGACAACAAAAACGCAUCUGGAUUAAAGCAACGUGUCAGCACAAAAAGAGUCUGCUGAUGUGUUUUCCUAAUGAAAUUGACGUUUACUUUCAAUUUGGACUUUUGAAUUCUGUUUAAUUUUAGGGGGGGCUCAGGUGCUAAUGUUGCCUGGAGACUGUGCCAUUUACUACCACUGAUUUGCAUUCAACGAGAAAUAAAUAAGAGACAUAAAUAAAAGGCAACACCUAGCAGCUGGAGAGGAUCAGCGUCAAUAGGGGGACCAAUAAGCACAGGGACACGCCUCGAAGAUCAUUAAACAAAUCAAAUAAACGCAGCCUGAAAACCAUCAAUAGAAGUUAUUGAUGAGGUGGUAUAUAAGGCUAAUGACUGGCCAAGCCCCUGUUUACUCAAAAGCUCAGCAACAGUAUGUUGUGAAACUUUUGCUGAGGGCUUGACAGCAGAGGCGUGCAAUGAAAGGAGCAAAAGGAGCAAGAACUUUACUUUAACAUCUUUUCUUUUCACGGCUGCGCUUAGAUUAUUUCAUGACUGCGGUGCUGAUUACAAAAACAACCGCACACAGCUGGAAUAUUCCUUUUCCUCUACAAACUAGAAUGUCUGCUGCCUGCACUGCUGCUGCAGAAAUUUGUGAACCGGGCAUUUUUGGAGGGCAAAUUUCUGAAGAGAGAUUUUUGAAAUAUUUAUAGCAGCUCUUGUACAAGAAUGGUGGUUGUGACAAGGAGCCUAUGGAUGACCCAGUCUGUGGGAGAGCUGGUGCCGAGACAGUUUACCUCUCCACCAGCUACGCUGUCCGUCUGAAACUCUUCCCCGGAGAGGCACAGCUGCUGCAGGCUGGGGAUGUGAUGGGGUGACUGUUGACACCCCCCUCACCCACCCCCUCUCUCACUUUAUUCGCACUGUAACAUAAACAAUGGAUCAGAAUUUCUCAACGGUUCGAGAUGGCAAGCAGCUAACCUCAGAGAGGGACUCGUCCAAACGUGUCCUGACAGGAUGCUUCCUCUCUCUGCUCAUCUUCACCACGCUGCUAGGCAACACCCUCGUGUGCGCUGCCGUCACCAAGUUCCGACACCUGAGGUCGAAGGUCACCAACUUCUUUGUCAUCUCGUUGGCCAUCUCUGACCUCCUGGUGGCUAUUUUGGUAAUGCCGUGGAAGGCAGCUACAGAGAUCAUGGGCUUUUGGCCAUUCGGGGAGUUCUGCAAUGUCUGGGUGGCGUUUGACAUAAUGUGCUCCACUGCCUCCAUCUUGAACCUGUGUGUAAUUAGUGUUGACCGUUACUGGGCCAUCUCGAGCCCAUUCCGCUAUGAACGCAAGAUGACCCCGAAAGUGGCGUGUCUGAUGAUCAGUGUGGCGUGGACCCUGUCCGUACUUAUCUCCUUCAUUCCCGUCCAGCUCAACUGGCACAGAGCUCAGACCACCGGCUACUCAGAGCUAAAUGGAACGUACCCCGGCGAGCUGCCCCCUGAUGACAACUGUGACUCCAGCCUUAACAGGACCUACGCCAUCUCGUCCUCCCUUAUCAGCUUCUACAUCCCAGUGGCGAUUAUGAUCGUCACCUACACCCGGAUUUACCGCAUCGCCCAGAAGCAGAUAAGGAGAAUAUCUGCCCUGGAGCGAGCAGCAGAGAGUGCCAAGAACCGUCACAGCAGCAUGGGGAAUACUUCAAACAUGGAGAGUGAGAGCUCAUUCAAAAUGUCAUUUAAACGAGAAACCAAAGUCUUAAAGACGCUCUCAGUCAUCAUGGGUGUGUUUGUGUGCUGCUGGUUGCCCUUCUUCAUCCUUAACUGCAUGGUUCCGUUCUGCGAGGUGAACAUGCCAGACGGGUCCACGGAGUUCCCGUGCAUCAGCUCCACCACUUUUGAUGUGUUUGUGUGGUUUGGCUGGGCAAACUCUUCGCUCAACCCCAUCAUCUAUGCCUUCAACGCCGACUUCCGCAAGGCCUUCUCCAUCCUCCUGGGCUGCCACCGGCUCUGCCCGGGGAGCAACGCCAUUGAGAUCGUCAGUAUUAAUAACAACAUGGGCGCCCCUACCUCGAAUCCCAACUGUCAGUAUCAGCCCAAGAGCCACAUCCCGAAGGAGGGCAACAACUCGGCUGGCUACGUGAUUCCUCACAGCAUCCUGUGCCAGGAGGAGGAGUUGCAGAAGAAAGACGGAUGUGGUGGGGAAAUCGAGGCGAGGGUGGUUAACAACGCCCUGGAGAAACACUCCCCAGCCAUCUCUGGGAAUUUAGACAGUGAUACUGAGGUCACGCUGGAAAAGAUCAAUCCCAUAACACAGAAUGGCCAGCAUAAAGCCGUGUCAUGUUGAGAACAGGCAAAAGGUGGAUCGAAAUAAAGCGAGGCGUGUAUGUAUACAUACAGGAGGACAGCUGAAGAAACAUUAAGAGACAUCUCUAAGAACAUGCCUGAAGCAGUGAGUGGGAUAUACAGGACCAUAAGACUGUCAACAAAAACCUACAUAGAAAAAAAAAAACCUACAGAAUGUUUUAAAGUAAAGGCACUUUAUCCUGGAUACAACUAUCUGCAAAAUACUUUCAGCAUUUAUUGAUGAAAUUGACACAUUUGAUGAUAAAUGUUGAUAAUGUGAAUAUUAAAGCAGAACUCUAGCUGUAUGCACAUGUAUACAUUUUUAAAAAAACAUUUUCCAAAGAUGUAUACAUGUGCAUGUGUAUACUGUACAGUACUGACACUCUUCUGGAAGGACUUCAACACAGUAUAUACAUAUAUACAGUGGAGGACCAUGUAGUAUUAGUAAAAUAUCUUGUAGCUAGGUGCUUUGUAUGUGUUUCAUGAAGGAGAGAACAAUGUGGGUAAACUGGUUUUGGUACAGUCUAAUUAGUUAUUUAUUGCAAUGAUUUCUCUUUGGUACAGUUCGAACGACAGUUUUGUUGCAAUAUCAAAACAUUUUUAUUACUGAUCAUUUAUUUUAAUUUCCUCAGACACCAAAGUAACAAUGUUCUGAUUCAUGCUUAGCAGGGGAAAGAUACCGUUUGUUUGAUACCGUAAGCCAAGUUGUUAAUUUUUCGUUCAGUUUUACACCUGUAUCCUUCCACCGUAUUUCAAUGUUCUUAUUACAUUUGAAAUGUUCAGAGAUCCAGCUGAUGUGUGUGUGAGAGACAGAAGGGGAGGGAAAUGGAGAAAGUCACUGCUACAGUCUUCUUUUCUUCCCUUGUAUCCUGUUCUGGUCCGUCCUCAGUCGAACCGAACCGGCUCCCCUUAAGUUUCCUCCAUUUCUUCCCCACACUCCCUGUUUUCAUUAGCUUUGUCUCCCCUCUGCCGCUUUUCAGCAAACCCUCUCCAGAGCCCUCCAAUCUUUUCUCCUCUCCUCUCGUCAGUCAGCAAAUCCCCCUCCUCUUUCAUGCUGCCGGUAUUUGCCAACCUCUGUCUUUCUUUCUCCUGGUCUGCACUGCUCUCUCUGUCAGCAGGGACUUUUACACCUGCACCAUACCUUCCUUUUAUGUGUGUUUUUUUUUUUUCUGUCUGUCUGUAUCCUCCACACCAUCUCCUUUGGCAGCCCUCCAUUUUAAAUCCUUCCUCUGCCCACUUAGUGGUGUUAAUGAAUCUAUUUUUGGCAAAUGCCGUCAGUCUACAAUUUAAAAAAUAAAAAUGUAAACGUGUAAACUAAAACGUCGGCACUUGGACAGAUGAGGCAGAGCAGCAGCAGCGGCAGCUACAGCAGCAGAGUUCACUCAGCCAGAAUGCAAGUGACACUUACUGACCUUUUGCAAACUUGCAGAUAUCUGAUUUUGUAAAUUGUUCAUGCUGGGAGCCAUACUGUGCUGUAGUGGCGAUGUGGAGCAUGCAGUGUGACAGUCGCUCUGUUUGCACAAGUGGAGCCAAAGACGAAGCACCACGAGGAUUACUUUCAAGAUAUCAGACAUGUUUCUUUCUUUGCACAGUUGCAUUUUUUAAAACAGUGACCCACUACUAAGUUAUAGAAUUUACAAGUGCUGAGGAUAGUCAGUAAUCUAAAAAUACAUUAAUAAAAGGCAGUUUUGACAAAGUUAGCUUUGAUUAUAAAAGGCUGCAGAUUUCAUGCCACAUAUUUCCUCUAAAACAUCCCUGUGUGAGAUCUACUUUCAUUAUAUUAUUUAACAGUCUUUAAAUAUGCAUUUGCAAAAUCUCCUGUUUGUAAACAAAGCUGCUGCUAGCACCGAAUAAACCCACUCCACAAUGUUAAUUUUGUGGCUAACUCAGUUAAAAACUUGCUAAUAUUAAACGCUAGUGACAGCUCCGACAAAGUAAGGCUGCAGCAGUAACUCCUGACUGUAAUUAAUUGAAAAAUGGAGCAACGAUGUAUUUUAUUUAUGUAUUCAAGUUUGCAUUUGUAAAAGGAGUACUGUGUAAUUGCUUCUUUUAAAAGUUCCAUUGUUGCAGCUGUUAAAAAUACAAGUUAGAAUGAUGGACAUGAGAAUAAGAAUGUAGGGAGAAGGGGGGAACGCCAUAUUCUUUAUUUCUAUCUAACUAAAAUAAAACAGAAUUCAUGUACAUAUAGAUUAAGUAAAAUUUAAUUGUCGUUUUUCAUAGUUUAACUACAUUUCCGAGCCAGACGUGUUUAGCUCUCUAGUCAAAGUCUGCAACAGUUUCUUCUGUCAGUGUUGCUGGGGAAAGAACUGUCUGCAACAUGCUUCCUGACAUCGUAUGCUGGGCGUCCACCUCAUGCUGUUUGUGUCCAUGAAGGCGUGAAACUGUUGCACAUCAGUGAAAGGAAGAGCCGAUCCAAUAGAUGGCAAUUGGUCUUGAAUGAAGCAUUUGAUUUUCCUGCUCUGGAAAAUCCAAUGCUAUCUAGAUGGCAACAAAAAGGGGGGAGGAUUGUGGGUGGGUGGGGGGGGGAGCUUUUAGCUCAAUACAUGGCUUGGCUUGUGACACAAAAGCUACUCAUUGUCCUCUCUGCCUUCUCUGUCCUCAGCUCCUGCCACUUGCUGCUCGCCAGUUUAAAUUUUUCAAACGAAGCGCAAUUUGGAUUAGCCAUCUUCAAUUAUGAAUUCAUUCUACAAGUGCUCGAGCUAUUUCAAGUGCCGCGACAUACUGUAACUCCCCACUCUGCGCUCUCAUUCCUAUGCCUUCUUUUACAAACGAUCAGCCAUAUCAGCUCAGCUCAGACCUCCCUUUUCCCUCCUCACCGGUUCUUUUAAAUUUACUCCCUAAUUAUUUCCAAACACAACCCUGCUUGAACAUGCAAUAAAACAUGAACUGCACCUAAUCUGUCAGGAUUGGAAGGAAACUGCCUUGCGGGGGGAAGACUGCCUCUUCCCACCCCCUCCACUCUCACACACCUCCUUUUUUUCCUCCAUCUCUUUCUCUUUUCUCUUGGCUGCCUCUGUCGACUUGAUGAGCGUACCCGAUGUUAACGCAGAUUGAAUUUAUUAUUAAACAGACUGAGCCUGUUUCUUUCUGUAAUUUAAGUCAAAGAGUUGAAUCAAAGCCCCACCUGGCCAUUUUCUUAUUAUUCUAUUAAUGUUUGAGUUUUUUUUAGGGGCCAAAAAUUCCUCUAUUUCUGACUGAAUGUGGCUGUACUGUAGCAUAUGCUGUGAUUUAACCAGUGUUUUAUAAGCUGAAAUUUGGGUGGGUAUGGGUACUCUUGAUGAUAUUGAGAUUAAUCUGCCAUUUCUUGUGACAUCAUUGGCAUUCACAGGUUUACCAGAUGUUUUUUCGUAUAUGCUGUAUGUAUACAUUUAUAGAAACAUACCUCCAGCUGAGAGCAGGAAGGAUCUCUCGCUGUAUUACGGCUCCAUGUAGAAAAAAAACAACAACAACAAAAAAAACCCUGAGCCUUCACCUUGUCAACUCGGUGAGUCAUCUUUCCAGCUGCCACUGCUUUGAUUUUGGAGAAGGGGCGAUGUCAGGCAAUAGUCCCACAAGCAAAAUGUUUUGUUUGAUCUGGAGCAUUUUCCCCAGGCUGCCCUACAAGUUGCUUUGGGGCGCUAUAGUGACAGUACAAGGUCUCUCAAUCAGUGUACUUACAUGGCGUAUGACAACUUAAGCAAAUCUGACAGUGCAGAAUCUCUCCCUCCUCCUCCUCCUCCUCUUCCUCCUCUUCCUCCGAUGACUGGCAAAGGGAAGUAGCAGACAUCGGGCUGAACAACACUCCCAGGCCGUGGGAAUGUGGAGCCAUUUUAAUAAUGACGUUUCAGUUUGUUUAACUGUCUAUAAUAAGGACGGAGUCCCUACCUCAACCUCAAUUCAGUGACAGAGCUUCAUGUAAAAAACAAAAAGAGGAAAAAAACAGAACAAAAAAAGGAAAAAAAAAAAACAUUAAAUGGCAGUAUUUAGGGUUGUGGAGUGCAGGGAUAGAGUAUUGUACAAUGAUGUUCAAAAUGUAGUCGUGAUGAACACAAGUGCUUUUUAUCUUCAAAAAAAAAAAAAUCCUUAAUGUGUGUAGCAGACUUACAUGCUGUAUGUUUUUCUCUGGCGUGGGAAUUAUAAUUUACAGUAAGAUGCAACAGUCACUGACUAUUUAUACAUUUAUUUAUUUACAUGUUUCUGGUGUCCAUUCAUGAAAGUGAUGUCAAAGAUUAUAACCCUUCAGAAUUAUUACAGUAUUUAGUUUACAGUUUGUAUAAAAAAAAGUUUAAGAAAAAAAAAAAAACUAAACAAACAAAAAAAAAACGUGCCCUUCUUGUAAAAAAAAAUUUAAAAAAUAAACAUGUAUGUAUUUUUUUUCAUCAUUGCAUUGUGUUUAUUGGAGAGCGCUCUCUGCCUGGCUGACAGUGGUGGUGUUACCUUUGACACUCUGUGGCUAUUGGAAGAUCAUGUCGCUGCAGAGGAUCGAUGCGGAUUGAUUCUGAACGGUGACGCAUAUUUAAUUUUUUUUUCCAGCUCCCCUGAGCAUGGUGUCCUCGCUGUGUUCCUGCCUUCACCCCGCAUUUACAUAACCCGACAGCCACUUGACAGUCGACACGUCCUCCUCCUCUUUUUCUUUCUCGCGCCUCGUUUGUUAACUUAAAUGUGAGUGUAAACAGACUCAGAUGCUCAGUAACAUUUUAGAAGCUUUAGCCCCCUGCAAUGAAAAGAAACAAAUGAUUUUUGGUGCUAGUUACUGCUAAAAAGGGAAAAUACUUCCUGUUUUCCUACAUUUUCCUUUCUGAUCAGUCUCAGCACCUUCGAGUUUAUAAUGUGCAAGAACAGCUGUGAGGACCCAGCCUUUUCAUGUCAUGUGUAUAGAGUGUGAGUGAUGAUCAAUAAUCUCUUUUUAGUCCGCUCGGUUGGAACUUGUUUCAUCAGUGUUUAACCUGAAGGCAAAAAUAAAUAUAAAUCACUAUGAUUUCCUUGGGAAGACUUGACAAAACCUAUGAUGUCAGAAUUAAA